UGAAGGCGAAAAGAAUUGCGAAAGAAAUAUGUUCAAAAAUGACUCGAAAUAAAAAAGGUUUAUUUGUUGGAAAAAAAAACAAGGAGGAACAAAAACCGUGUAACGAUACGUCUAGUAAGACUCACGCAUCUUAUAUAACAUUAGAGCCUGUUGAUUUGCAACCCUCUGCGAAUAAGACAUCGAAAACACCGAAUUAUGAUACUAUACAAGAUGUACUCCUACCAAUGUCUUCGUUAUCUGCGCAAGGACCAAUAGUACAUUCUGAAACUACUCAAGAAAAUGAUGGAAAUGAAGGCGCAUUCAUAACUGAAAUGUAUAACAAGGAAAGCCAUUUCCAACCCUUAUCAGGAUGGCGAAUAAUUGAUAUAAAUUAUUUUUUACAAAAAUUCCAAGAAAAAGCACGCCACAAUGAUCUAUUUGAUUGUAAAUCAAGCAACUUCUGCUUAGUUGGUGAAAGAAGACAUGGACUGAUUUCAAUCUUUAAAUUUGAAUGUAAUAUGUGUAAAGAAAUUUGUUCUAUUUCAUCUGAAAACACCAAAGAUACCGAGCAUGUAGAUGCUAAUAUAGCGGCAACCACUGGAGUUGUAGCCUGUGGUAUAGGUUUUUCUCAGAUUGAAGAGUUAUUUUCAGCAAUAAACAUUCCUAUAUUUUCUACAAAAUUCUUUAACCAAAUGCAAAAUAAACUUUAUAAGAAAUGGGGAGAAACUGCAUGUGAAACAAUGGAAGCCGCUGCCAAUAAAGAAAAAGAAAUUGCUAUAGCAGAUGGCCGGACCAAAAACGGGUAUGCUGUCAUAGAUGUCUAUGUGGAUGGAGCAUGGUGUGCCAGGUCAUAUGGUUCACACUAUAAAGCUUCAUCAGGUGCAGCAGCCAUAAUUGGCAGAAAUACGGGUGAAGUUUUGUACUUCGGUGUCAGAAAUAAAUAUUGCCUCGUAUGUGCCCGAGCCGAAAAUAAAAAAACUGCAUCACAAGACCACUUGUGUUUCAAAAAUUUUCAGGGAUCGUCUAGUUCAAUGGAAGCCGACAUAAUCGUUGAAGGUUUCAAAAGCUCAAUUUCCAUGUAUGGUAUAAUAUAUGGCAGAAUGGUAGGAGAUGGUGAUUCUUCGACCUACUCUAAAAUACUUAUCUCAAAUCCUUAUGAAAGUCAAAAUUUGACGGUUGAAAAAUUAGAGUGCCGCAAUCAUAUAUUGCGCAAUUUUUGCAAAAAGCUAAGAGCAGUCACCACAGAAACUAAAUACAUAUUGGCGCACCGAAAAACCCUCACAAAUCAAAAAAUUAUGACAAUGCGAAAGGCAAUAGUGAAAUCUAUUACACAUCACAAGGCCUCGCAGAGUCCUAAAAAUGUAGCAAUAUCCAUUUAGCACAACGAUAUUAUUAACUCUUUAUCUCAUGCUUAUGGGAAUCAUCAACUAUGUCAAAAUUACUUUUGUGAUAAAGAUAAAAACUGUGGCGGCGAACUGCUAAAGAUUGAAAAUUCCACAUUUAUAUUUAGAAUAAACGCUAUUGUGUCCAACGUGGCUUCAAAGUCACGUAGUUUGAUUGAAGACGUGAACACAAAUACCGUAGAGUGCUUCAACAGCGUUAUAGCAAAACUUACUGGAGGUAAACGUAUAAAUUUUGCUUUAAAAGGGGGCUAUCAAGGAAGAUGCGCGGCAGCCGUUGUUUCAUUUAACACAAAAUCUGCAGUAUCAACAAUACAAAAAGCUAUAACAAGUAACGCUCCCGGAGGUUUAGCUGAAGAAAUUGAGAAGAGACGUGCGAAAAAACGAAAAUUAAACAUGGAACACCCAGUAAAGAAACGUAGAGUUCUAAAAUAUUUAAAUAAAAUGCAACACGACUAUGGUCCAGCUUGUUCAUUGCCCGAUAUGUCGCAAAAAGAAUAUGACAAAUCAAAAGAACAUUUUCUCAAAAAUCUGGAAACACUAACAUCUGAUCGACACAAAGUAGAGAGGUCUACAAUAUUACAAAGAGACAGUAGCGAGUGGCUCGAAAUAAGAAAAAAUAUAAUAACUGCUUCCAACUUUGGACCAAUAUGUAAAAGAAAAGACACAUUAGAUACAGCUCCCCUCGUUAAAAACUUAUUGUACAAAAAAAAUUUGGCCCCUCUCACAUCUAUCGCGCAUGGAGUUGAGCAUGAGCA